GAUGUCACGUUGUCUGGUUAUGAAACUCCGCCCCUCUUCUCCGUGCGGCGGAUCAUGUGAUCAGCUGAUGCUCUCGGGUUUUUCCGGCUCUUUCCUUCAGUCAGCAGCAGCAGCAGAGCCUCUCAGACGCAAUAUGGAGCGGAAACUGGAUCUUUCCCGUCUGACGGACGAAGAAGCCAAACAUGUCUGGGAGGUGAUCCAACGAGACUUCAACCUCCGCAAGAAGGAGGAGGAGAGACUGACUGAGCUGAAGACUCAGAUUGAGAAGGAGGACACCAAGCGUGAGCUUCUGGGUUCUCAGAGGAACGUCUCGGAUUCUCUCUGCAUCCGCUGCCUGCAGCCCUUCAAGUUCCUGGUCAACAGCAAGAGGCAAUGUUUGGACUGCCGCAUGUUCACCUGCAAGUCCUGCAGCCGCUACAACAAGAAGGAGCACGGCUGGGUGUGUGACAACUGCCGCAUGACCAGGGUAUUAAAGAUGGGGACAUUAGGUUGGUACCACGACAACGUGAGAAACCGAUUUAAGCGGUUUGGCAGUGCCAAGGUGAUGAGGUCAUUAUACAAGCGUCUGAAUGGAGAUGGUGGCCGUGAUGACGACACUCAGAGUAUGCCGGAUGUUAACCGUAACCAUGGAUACAACUGUCCUGAGGAUGAUCCUGGAGAGGCCGAGGCUCAACACUACAAAGUGAUGAGGAAGAACAAACGUCUGCUGUCGGUUCAUCCCAUGGACUUUGACUCGGAGGAUUACCUUCCUAACUCACGACGGCCUUCUGUCCAGAUGCAGGAUGAUCGAUAUUACAGGAACGACAUGGAUUACGACUAUUACAGCCACAGAGGGAACCGCAGAAAGAGUCUGGACCGCUAUGCCAUGAGACCCGAGGACUUUGCAGAGAACCGGAUGGUCCGGACCCGCUCUCUGUCUAAGAUCAGCUCCUCGGUGGCCAGGCAGCAGUAUGUUGACACCUCGGAUGAGGAAGAGUAUCAGAGGCUCCCCCCUGUUCACCAGCAACCCCAUCACCGCCGGAAGAACAGUAGAGCCUCUUCACAGGAGAACCUGGGUCAAGCUCCACCCAUCAACGAACUCAACAAGCGGAUGUCGGCCAUUGAGAGUCUGCUGAGCCGCCUGGAGGAGAAGAUGACUCCUGCUGAUGAGGUCCUGAAUCCAUCUGCUCAGAAUGAGGAGGAGAAGUUGAGAAGGAAGCUGAGUGAGCUGGCAGGGAACCUGAGCGAUAAAGGCUUGUCGUCGGAUGAUGAGCCCAGGAAAAAGGCUUCCUUUGGAAUCAAAAGUUCGUCUGGCAUCAGGGGUGGAGCUGUGGUCCCUCUGGACUCACUGAAGGACAAAGAGCUGAGCUCGUCCAGCGAUGAGAUGCCAACAGAGGCUCAGAAGAGAUCCACUGCCGCCGCCCUCUGUGACCUCACCACUGAGGUCCUGAGAACCAUUAACGCCACAGAAAACGCAAUGGUCGAGUACGGCCUUGCAGAGCCGAUCGACAGGUCCCCCUUAGUUGGCACUGACGUAAAGCAGGCCGAUGAUGCUUUCAGGGAACUUGAGGAAAAUGUGUACGUCUCAGCCGGUCAGUCCUAUGAGCUGGAGACGAAGCUGCGGCGUCUAGAGCAAAGCGCCAAGAACCGUUUUGGGGGGACGACGGACUCUGAGCUGUCGGAGCUGGAGGACGUGGUGGCGCUGACUGCCGCCAGAGUGCAGAGCGCCGAGAGCGAGGUGUCGGACAUUGAGAGUAAGAUCGCAACUCUGAGCGCCAAGAAGAAGGUUUCUGGACCUCACCAGAAGAAAAGGGCAGCUUCAGACGCGCCGAAGAGUAACGGGGCUCCCUGGAGGUCCAGCACCAGGUUCUGAUCCAGUUCCAGUUCAGGAUCCUCUUCCUGCUUUUCUUCAGCCUCCUUCACUAAUGUUGGCAGAUCAGAACCAGGAUCAGAGGCCCUUUAUGGACCCAGAUUCUCCAUGACAGAACCGCCUGUUCCACCCAAACAGAAACGGGUCCAACAGACGAUGGAAGUGAUUUAAGGAAGAACUCCUUCCUUCUGAAACCAAACAUUAUUCCUUAUAUCAGUUUGGAUCAGAACUGAGAGGUUCCGACCCAGUUUGUGUUCCCUAAAGUCUUCCAUCGGCCUGCAUCUGAUCGGUUCUGGGUUCAUCCGACCAAUAAGAUCCUUCUUUAAGCUUCAAAUUCCGAAAAAGUAUCACAUCCCAGAAUGUUUCCACUUUAAGUAAUAAAUGAGAAGAAGGUCUAAACUGAUCUGAUCCUCGUAGAUAAAUGAUGGUAUGAAUGUUAUUAACAUUUUAUAAAUCACUGAAACAGAACCUGUCUGACUGCAUGAAGUAGGCUAAAAGAUCUGUAAAGGCAGAAAAUCACCACUUCAGGUUCUGAUGAGUCUCUGACCUCCAUCAGUCUAGAAAGGGUUCCGAACCAUUUCUAAGACUUUGGACUCCGGAGAACCAGAGUCAGAACCAGGAUCCACACAUGGAACCUAACCCUAACCACCACCAUUACUCCAGGAGGUCCUCAAUGACUCAUCCAGGAGGUUCAGGAGCAUCUAGAGCUCUACAGGCCUCACUGCUCCAGUUAAGGUCAGAGGUCACGGCCCAACAGUCACAAAGAGACUGGUUCCAGGACCACUGCCGACCCAAAUGAAACAUAAAGACCCGGCGCACAUUCUCAGAGACCGCUACACUCAGACAUGGUGGUGGUGGUGUGAUGGUCUGGGUCUGUGAUUGAUGGAGCCAUGAGUUCUGCCCUCUAGUGGAAGAUCCACUUGGUCCACCUCUGAAAAAGCUGCUUUGUGGGUGGCCUAGUCAAAGUCUGAGAUGCUGGAAGCCUUCAGCAAAGCCAAGUCAAAGACUCGGUAGCAGUUAUCAGAACCGCCUAGAUGUAGGUCCAGGGAGUGAUUACUUUUAUGGAUGUUUAUCUUAAUAAGUGACUAAUGAUUGAAAACAGUUUUUAAUUUUCUCUUAGAUGACCUUUGAUAAAAACAUGGGAGCUGAACCAUUUGGACCUUUGUUAGACUCUGAUCCAAUCACUAAAUCCUGCUGAUUCUCUAACAUGUUCAUCGCAUUAAAUAAACUCAAUAAACAGCC